UUCUGCACGGACAUGUGGAAACUCUUCCUAAUGGCAAUACUGGCAGCCAGCAUGUUGACCAUGAUCCACAGCAGCCUCCUCGAUUUCAAAUUCAUGAUCCGGAGAAUUACUGGGAAAAGUGCCCUCAUUUCCUACAAUGGGUAUGGAUGCCACUGUGGACUGGGUGGGAGAGGGCAGCCUCUGGAUAAGACAGACUGGUGCUGUCAUGCCCAUGAUUGCUGCUAUAAGGAGUUAACCAAACAGAGCUGUCACCCAUUUUUUGAUGAUUAUCAAUACUCCAUCAUCAACGAAGACGUUAUGUGCUGGAAUACAACUAACUCCACCUGUGCAAAGCAAGCGUGUGACUGUGACCGGACAGCGGUCCUGUGUUUCAGAAAGGAAGCAAGCAGCUAUAACAAAGGAUACCGUUAUUACUUCAAUUUCUUCUGCAAAGGAUCUACCCCCAGUUGCUAA